AUUCGGGCCUAGCUUGGCUUUCCAGACGGAUCGAAUGUCGUAACUCAUCGCUUUCUACAACUGUGAAGCUGAUUACUUCAAGAAUGGAAGACGAAACUCCGACUGAAACUGACAGGGGGACGAUUUUCAUGGAUCCUAAAGAGACGGGCGGAACAUCUUUGGUUGCAGAAGUACAUUCGAAAACAUCUUCCAUUGACUCAAGCCUUGAUGAAUUGAAGACAGGUAUGGAAGAACUUAAAGGAUUCAAGAGCACUCAAAGUGUCAGAACUUUCGUGGAAAAAAUUCAACAACUAAACAUGCAGUUACAGAAAAGAAUCAAAGAGUUAGAGCUUGAACAAAUGGAGCCACAGGAAAUACUACGAUUAAGUGAUCAAGAGUCAAAAAUUGAACCACAGAAAAGAGAGUUAGAGCUUAAACAAAUGGAGCCACAGGAAAGUAUCAGAGAGUUAGAGCUUAAACAAAUGGAGGUACAGGAAAGUAUCAGAGAGUUAGAGCUUGAAGAAAUGGAGCCACAGGAAAGACUACGAUUAAGCGCUGAAGAGAAACUUAAGAAGCUACAAAAAAGUACUGAGAAGACAGUAAUGGAACUACAGGAAAGACGAAACAAUGAGUUAAAGCUCAAAGAGAAACUUAAACAGCUACAAAAAAGACUACGAAGCGCUGAGAAUACAGAGAUGGAACUACAGGAAAGACUACGAAGUGCUAAGAAAACAGAAAAGGAACUACAGGAAAGACUACGAAGUGCUGAAGAGACAAAAAAGGAACAACAGAAAAGACAAGGAGACAAGAUAAAGAAGCUUGAAGAUGAAAACUUUGAAAUGAUUGGAAAACUACGAGACGCAGGAGAAGAGCUUGAUGUGAAAAACUUUAAAAACUUGAAAUUUGCGGCAACACUCGAGCAACUACGUGCAGAGAACGAACGUUCAUUGAAAAGGAAUGAAGAACUAAAAGAAGAGUUAAAGAAAGUUGAGGAACUGAUAAGUUUACCUUGGGUAGAAGGGUUUAAAAGAAUCGGUGGACAUGAUCAAGGCAAUGAACCUCGUUUAGAAAUUACAUGCAAAAUUGGUAAAGAAACUGAUACCGAUGAUAUUGUGAAAUUGUUCGGCGAAGAAAAUAUUUCUUUCAUUACCUACAAGAAGCUUUCUAGGACUGAGUGGUUAGAAAAAAAUAUUCUCGAUGGAAAUAUGAAAAUGAAGGAGGAAUAUGCGUGUAAAUUGUUAAGCUUGGAAUGGGUUAAAGGUUUUAAACUUGUCAUGGAAAACGACGAUCAUCAUGUAGAAAUCGUUUACAAAUUCGGCAAAGCACCUCAAGUUUGGGACAUCGUAAAUCUUUUUGGAGAAAACAUUCUUCCUUUCAUAAGCUUUCAGGAAGGCUCAAAAGAUGAAUGGUUUAAAGAAAAUGUGCUUGAUAAGAAUUAUGACAUGAAAGAGUUUUAUGUCAAUGAAUUGAUAAGUGAUAGAUUCCCUUCGGUUAAAGAUUUCUAUAUUAGUGUCACAAGUGAUCCUGAAGAAUCCUGGCAAAUAUUCCUCACCUACGCUCGAAACACGGUGCCUUCCAUGAAAGACUUAAAGAAACUGUUUGGCGUUAAAAUUUGCUCGUUCGUUGAUUUUAAGAUCCUAGGAAGUGACACUGAUAAGAAGCCACUAACUUCCUCUUGUUUUCUUCGAGCACCUAGUUCAGGUGAUUCCCUCUACGUUCAAAAUGAAGAACGCGGAACAAUAGGAAUCCUUGCAACUCGGAUAUCAGACACAGAUGACCACUACGCAGUCACCUGCUACCAUGUCUGCUACUGCCAGAGCGAAUUACCCGAAUUCAUACACGAUGCACACGACGCACUAAAGGAAGACUGCGGCUUAAACAACUCAGUUGGUUGUGUUGGCACCAAGUGCCAUUAUAUCAACAAAGAUACAGAAUUAGGAAAUUUUGGAUGUGGUUUGUACGACGACAAAAAUGAUAUCGCCCUUAUCGAGCUUGCACCAGAGCUAACGUGCGAUGACGCCACUACUCUUCUUAAAGAUGGAGUUGAAUCAAAAUUGCUAGGUAAAAAUGAAGUCGGAGAAAUAUAUAACGAGUACCAGAAAAAGGGUGAGGACAUAUUCCCCAAAGUAAAAAAAUUUGGUUCGGUAACUAAAGAAACAGAAGGAGAACUCUUUGCAAUAAGUGGAGCAAACUCAAAUGGUAUGAACAACGGUUUUUAUAGAAUUCGAGGAACUGGGGGAAACAACUUUGCCGAGAAAGGCGAUUCCGGCUCUUUGGUUUACAUUGUAGAUAAAGGUAAAAAUUUUCCUUUUGCUAUUGUAAGCAAUAAAGACCCUGACGAUGAUGUCUACUAUUGUCCAAAUCUACUUCAGAGUAUAGAGGCGUUAGGUAAAGAGUAUCGUUCGAUAAGGAUUCAACCUUGUUUAAACCAAUGUGGUCGUACUAGUCCAUGAUAUCUCGUGUCGACAUGAUAUUGAUUCAACGGAAAAACAGAACUAAGAAUAAUUCACCUCAAGUUUUUUGAUGUCUUGAACUUUUCCUAUGAUAGAACUUCCACCGUCGUAUGCAUAUUUAUUGUAUCAUAUCUAUAGUCUUAGUCUUCAAAGAAGCCCUAUACAAUUCUAUUAUUUAAUGCUACAAACAGGGGCGAACUGGCCUAAUUUUAAUUAAUAAAGUAAACUUGUUGGCACGUUCACACGAGCAAAUAAAACUUUCCAAAGAAAAAUUUGUCAUAGAAAUUUUGUUUUGCAUACACACGUGUCACGU